UGCGGACAAUCAGAAUUUAUUGGAACACAGUCUUCCAAGCAGAACAGACCCAAGGUCUUCCAAUUGCAGUAGCAGUAGCAAAUCCAAUCGGACAGACAAACAUGCAGCAUCCGCAUCCCAGUGACCAGCCCACAUAUAUGCCAGAGGUUCCCUUCCAACCGCUUUGGGGUCAAGAGGCUCCACCACCUCCCAUUGUUCCUUACCAAGAACUCAUCGCCGGAUUUCCCUGCACCGAUUUGUCUCUGUGGCAAAGAUCGCAGGUAACUCCAUUGGUGCCACAACGUCCAACCACAAAUGGCAGGGCCAACGGAUCCUCCAGCUCCUCGAAGAAAACCCGUCGACGUGUGGCCUCGAUGGCACAAAGAAGGGCUGCUAAUAUCCGCGAACGCCGACGGAUGUUUAAUCUGAACGAGGCCUUCGACAAACUGCGACGCAAGGUGCCCACAUUCGCCUACGAAAAGCGGCUUUCCCGCAUCGAAACCCUUCGACUGGCCAUCACCUACAUCGGCUUCAUGGCGGAGCUGCUCAGCGGUACUCCAUCGAAUUCCCACAAAUCCCGAUCGGAUGUCUAUGGCAGCAUGAAUGGACACCAUCAGGCGCCUCCGCCGGCAAUCCAUCCGCAUCAUUUGCAUCCUGCGGCGGCAUAUCAACGCGACUUUGCAUCGCCCUAUAACCAUAGUUUAACCUAAGGUUCUUUCGAUCUCUGAAUACAGAGGAACUAGUCUUCGAACAAAGAAAAUUAAAGCCUAGCAGGCUGGCUUUAGGUGAUUAUGACGAGAGGUAUUCCUGGAAAUACCGUGGAGUCCCUAGUCAAAUCAGCUUUGAUUUAUAACAUAAAUGUAGAUAGAAAUUAAUGAAGAAUGUUAAUCCGUAAUUUAAUGUUUGUUUUAAAAACAAUAAUAAAUAUUGCUUAU